AUGAGCGCUGCCACUUCAUCUAUCAAGACUAGUCCCGUGAAGAAGAGUACCGAGUCUCCUUCUAAAACCAAUGGAAACAAGGAGACAGAAGCGGGAAAGACUCCCAAUCUGGAAGAAGUAGGCGAGGACCCAGAAAACUCGAUUCUUUCAGAUCCAGAAGACUAUUUGGAAGAAGAUGAGACGUUGGAUAUGAAUUUAACCAAUGGUGACCAGAAGAUCUGGUUGGUAAAAUUGCCCCGUUAUUUGGCCGAAAAGUGGGCUAAAACAGAAAACCUCAAUGGCAGUCAGUUGGGAACGGUAAAGAUCAAGAAGAAUAGUGGUGGAAAUGGAGGAAAGUUGCAAGUGAAGUUGGUGAUAAAUAAAGAUUUAGAAGAAUCUAAAGGAAUUCCCCAGGAAUACGACAUAUCUAUGUUGAACACGCAAGUACGAAACUCGUAUGUGUUUAGCGAGGAAAACUUGAAAAAGUUCAAGCAAGAAUUGACUGAAGUAACACAAAUGCCAGAACAACCUUCGCUUCAACCAUUAGACAAGAGCAAUAUCAACAACAAAAAGUUCCAGCAAAAACAGCCGUUUAAAUUCUUCAGAGUCCAAAAAAAUGGCAAAGAUGGCAAACCAGUAAGGAAGUAUAUUCCAUUUGUCAAAACAAUACCUAAGAAGACGUCGUUGGUGGGAAAGAUCUGUCACGAUUGCCAAAUUAUCCCUUCCAAGCAUGAUCUGCAAUACGAAAAGAUCUUGCUGAAUCGACAGAAUAUCACCCAGGGACCAGUGAGGCCAAAAGUAACGUUUUUAAACGAGAUUCCAGGUGUUAUUCAGUCCAAUGCUGGACCCUCUAUUAAAGGUAACAAUACGUCUGUGUUCUUGAAAUCGAAUCCAAACAAGGGUAAGAAUGCUGAAGGCAGAGCAAUCAGAAUGCCGAAGAAAGAUUUGUUGGAUUUGUUGUUCCGUUUAUUCGAAGAAUACGAGUACUGGUCCAUGAAGGGCUUGAAGGAAAGAACCAGGCAGCCUGAGUCCUAUCUCAAAGAGUCCUUGGACUCGAUCGCCAACUUGAUUAAAAAGGGUCCAUACACUUCCAAGUAUAACUUGAAGCCAGAAUAUAGAAGAUUGAGAGAUGCCGAAAGGGCGGCCAGAUUAGGACUCGACGUUAAUGAAGGGGAUGAAAAGGACGACGAAGAAGAUGACGAAGACAUGGAUAUGGAAGAUGUUGUUUAAUUUUCCCAAGAGCAUAUAAUGAUAAAAUAUAAAGAAAUUCAUUUAGAACUACAGCAACUAUAGCAAACUUCAAUAUAUAUAGAAGGAUC